GGAAGUUUGUACUCUCAAGGAUGUUUGUUUUUUAGCGGUUAUAAAUUUUCGUUCUGGUUGUUGCUGAGAUUAGUCACGUUUCUUAUAUUUAUGAGGUCAGAUUCAUAAUAUUACAAAAUGGCACUUUGAAUUUUAGCAGUAAUUGAUAAGUGGCAGUCGUGGUUGUGUGAUUAGUACUUUUUUCUUUUUAUCUUCCACAGGGCCCGUUUUAAAUGUCAUUUAACCCAUGACUAUGAAAAACGCAAAAAAUAUCUCUGAGCUUUAACUGUUGAAAUCUAUCUAGAAAGUAAUCUAUCCAUCGAACAUGGGUUUAGUUAUACUUUGCUUCUGUUGUCUACACAAUGCGGUUGAAGUCAUGUUAAAAUUUCUGGAGAGCAAAUUAAUGUUUACCGGUCAUCUUCAUACGGCUCAUCGUUAAUCUGUAACCAGUUUUGAUGUGAUUUAAUGGGUGUUUUCCACUUUGGAUGGUCUUGGCUGUCAUAGCAAUCCUUCUACUGGUUUACUCAAGUUACGUAUAGAAAGUUGAGAUACAUUUCAGACUGAAUUGUUUUUGGAUCAAGAGCUUGACACAGUAGACCAUAUGCCUUUGUGGGAUCAUUCUGAUUGUUCACUUUGUGUGAAUAGCCCAUUAAUAGCAUUUUACUCCACUUUGCUGCUAGAUAAUCAUAUAAUAUGAAUCAUAUGGAGGUCAAAAUACUAGACUGCAAACUAAAGUGUCAGUGGGUAGAACGAGGUUUUUUUAGUCAGGAAUGGUGUUUGUUGACCUUUAAGUCACAAGUUUCAUAGCAAGAAAGUCAGCAGUAUAUCUUCAGUGUCCAUGGCACUUACAAUUAUGUGCGUGUCUACGCCGCUUGAGUAUCAUUGUCUUCUCAGAUUUAAGACAGUAUCAGAUGCUUGGUUUUACCAUGGGUCUCAAAACUCGUAAACUUACUAGACAUGUUCUAUAAGUUAUAAGCAACCACGUGUCGGUGCUAUAAUCGUCGCCCGAAUGUUGGAGUUCUAACAUGCCUGUCUCUAAAAGCUUUCAUAGUUAAAUUUUUUAGGAAAGUUCGGACGUAUCCUUUACUAAUUUAGUAUACCUCGAAAUCUUGUCUAGCAGUUGGGUUCAAAUUUAGGAACAUCAGUGGAUUGUCGUUGAUUCCUCUGUGGAGCUUCAAUUAAAAAUAUCCUUCCGAUAGUUCUAUAACUUUUGACUCAAGCGACUUGGUGGUCCAUAAGAUUAGGGUACUACCGUUUGAUACUUGGAAUAAACACUAAGCAUUGAAUGUAUUGUGUUGGGCUAUGUGGUACAUUGACUACUUGUCAAAUGCGAAAACAUUUCGACUCUUGUUCCCAAUGAGGUGACUACUCUCUUUAAACAACGGGAUUCUCGUGACUUUAAAGUGACCUUAAAUUCAUCGAUAAUUCAAGUAGUGAGUAUGAUCUAAAUGGUGUAUGCGGUCUUCAUUAACAACUGACCAUAAAAAAUCAGUCCACAGUAGCAGCAUUAGUGUUAAUAGAAAAGACUACGCAUGCAAGAUACCAUCCGACAAAAUAUAAUUUAGUGAAAUAAUAGGAAAAAUUUAUGAGGAAUCUAGAACUUUAGCAUCUAAGGAGAGACAGAGUAAAUGUACCUGCGCCAUCUCUAACAAUCGGUUAUCAUAAUCACGUGGACCCCAACCAAAUAAUCUACACGCACCUACACGACUCAGUUCAACAGUCAGUGUCUUUAUGUGUUAAUACCAUGUCUUGGUUUGGCCGUCCCUACAUUUCUCCUAACCUGCUCCUGCACCAGCCAUUAUCGCACGUCGAGGUGGUUGGUGGAUGGGUUUGCGUAGUACAUAUCCUAACCAUCUCAGUCUACAGAGAUUCAUAACCUCAUCAAAUGAUUCGCUAUCCUUACUUAGUAACCUAUUCUUUAAUAAAAGUAGUUGAAAUGCGGUUUGUACCUACUACCUAGUGUUGGUAAGUUGAUCGCUCUAGUCAUAAGGUUACCUCUCCACAGAUCCAAGAAAUGUGCUAAGGUUUCUCAAUGGCGUUAGUUGCUCAACAACAGACAGAUUUUAGUUGAAUUUGUUUUCGCAAAUUUUAUUUUAGAAUACUUCCAACUACUGUUCAUUAGAAUUCAGUACAGGCUAGUCAUUUACCUAUUACUAUACCAGUAACCUACUAUAAAACACAAUGGGAAAUUGUAUUUUUGCUGGAAAGAAGUUGUUUAGUCAAUGCUACAAUCAUCUCGGACAAAGUAGAAAGUCCUCUGCCGAGUUUGAUUGCUUAAUUGGAAAGGAGAAGUACAGGGGUGUAAAACCAUUCAAAGAACCACGAAAUAUGAUCAAUGAGUACAUGUCAUGGGCCUUGAGUCACAGUCAUUCACCACUUGUCUUCGACGAUGCUAUGUCCCGCUCGUCACUUUCUUCACAUUUUGAUGAGUCAAAUAUACCAAUCUCUUCUAGUUGGGUUAGUGAUGGAGCGCGCAGUGAUGCUUCUCAUGUAUUGUAUAAAGAAUUAGAUCCGUUAAAUAAAGCAACAUCUAUGGAACUUGAUAAGGAAAACAAUACAGUUUUCUAUAAAGAGGGGGGUUGGAUUACUGUUGCAGAGCCUUCUAACGGGAAAUAUGCUACAUCGGUAAGUAAUUAUCACUUCAGUAAACUGCUUUUGAUAGGACUUAGGAGCGUUUGUUUUGUUUUUUGUCAUGUGAAUGUUUAUAUUUAUUUAAAUUGCUUCAGAACACCACAACAUUUAAAGAAAACACCCAGAUAAACGUAUGUGAUGAUUGAAUAAAAGUUGUUCAAAUCACCACACUGUCCUUAUCUUAACUAAAUAAAUACAUUUAUCUGAAGGAAUGCUUCCUAAGUGAAUGGUUAUGAACUUUGUCAAGCUCACCAAUCAGUAAACCUGUAAUAACCAGAGGGCUAAACACCUUAGGUUUCAAUGAAGUGAUUAUUGGUAGAUAAGGCAAAAUGGCAGCCAAUCAUGGAUCUUUGGAGAUACAGCCCUACAAUAAUAGCGCUUGGGUAAUCAUCACAAUCAAAGUUUAUUAUCAUAAGUGAUAUAUUAACCAAACUCAUCACAAAAGACACAAACAAAUAAAAGGUAGAUAUUUUCUAAUAUUACUUAAUAUAUGAAAGAUUACUUGCAAAUAGGAAAUCGAAAAAGCUCAUGGAUUGGCACUAUAGUUUUACUUUACUGCUAUGGUGCAGCAUAACUGAGAUGGAUUUAAUUCUGUAUAGGCCUCGUGAAAUCCUGACUUUUGCUAAAAACGUUUAGUCUGUACAAAAGACUUAAAUAUCAUAUCUGCAACAACUCUGCGAUCUAUGUUUAGGAUUGCAUCGCUAAAUAUCAUUACCAAGGUUUGACUUGAUAACUUCAAGUAAAUUGAGCACUAGGUGGAUUGUUUGUGAUAACAAGAUAAUAUAUUUGCAAUAUUCUAGUGGGUAGAAGAUUCAGUUUUUGUAGUUUGCAUUAAAUAUUAUACUUUGGUACUCUUUACUAUUUAAACUUAUAUUAAUUUAAUUUAGGUAUUUAUUUGUUCUCGGAUGAAGCGAAUUACACUAAACUUUGGAAAGUCAGAAACUCAACUCUCCACUGAUUGGGAUAUUUCAGAUAUAUUAUUUUAUUUUCAUACCUUAUCGAUUUUAAGAGUAUUGACGUACUUCAGUUUCUCCGUGGUAUCGUGCCCAUAGGGCCUAAAAGCACCAAUUUCGACCUAAUGCCAUAGUUAGAGUGUACUUUUAACUAGCCCCAGGUUAGAAUAAACAUUUGUACGUUGUUCUCUGGUUUGCAAUGGUUCCCUAGCUGGCGUCAUUUGAUGAUGAAAACUCCGAAAAGAUAUUUAUGACUAUUAGGAAAAGCAGCCAGUCGAAUCAUUCUAAGUAACAUUGGAGACCAUUGAAAGAACAACACUUGAUAAACAACAAAUGGAUAGUUUAUUUACAUUUAGUUACAGAAUGUCAGACAUAGUGAAGUACAGUACAGUAGUCAGUAAAUGAAUGAACAAAACACAUUUACAAAUCACAUUGAAUGUACAAUCGUGUAAGGAUGUAAGAUGAAGACAAAGAUUGUGAAAAGUAAAAUUGUUUGAAAGAGUUACCGAUGUACUUAUAUGAUAUACUUACAUUAGUGCAAACUGCUGCUACAGUGUAAACUUGUCCAUUUCCUUAACAUGAAGAUUCUUAUUUAAUUAUGCUUAAUAGUCUACGGAUCAGUGAUUCUAGGAACAUCAGAUAUAUCAAGCAGUUUUCGAAACAUAUUAGUGAAGAAAAAUGCUUCGAAGAUAGAAGUUUAUACAUUCUGGUUGGUGAUGUUAUGAGUAAUUUUGUUAGUAAAGGCAUUCUAAAAUUUCUGAAGUUCUGAGAAUGCUGACUGGGACUUCAAGUACACACACUUACACAAAACUUAUUUCACUUCUAAACCCCACUUAACACUUUUCCGUAGUUUCAUUUUGUAUUCCCCAUCAUUUACAGAAUUACUUUUAAUAGUAGGUCAAUUCUUCCGAUCACUUGGACCUGAUUAGAGAAUUCGUUUGUUAAUUUCCUUUACAGGCGUCCAUACUUGAUAUUAGUUGUUACUUUGAAAGCAUAUUUCGUCCGUCUAAGGUUUACGAAAUCGAAAGUCAUAUUUGGAAGUCCUUAUACCCCAUCACUAUCUCAAUAUCACGUAUUAAUGCCAAACCCUUAACUACAUUCUAUAGCUCGUAUUAGCUCAGAAGACAUUAAUUCUGUAUUCUAGAAUUGGAUCACUGUAUUAUUUUUGUUUCCUAUCGGUUAUUUUUGAGAGAUAAAACUUGCUUGUUAGUGUUAUAGGGGAUAGUGGUAACAAUAGAAGUUGCAGAAUUAGUGUUGUUGACAAUAGUUAAUUUUGGUAAGUGAACCUUGUUUCCAAUAUGUAGUUUUAUUGAUAAACUUUGUCUACUCUAUUAAGGGGAACCCACAACAAAAUAUUUUCAGUGACGAGAUAAAGGUAAGAAUUUCCCUGUCAUAAUAGCUGUUAUAGAAAAAUAUCAAGAUGCAUGGAAGUCAGUUGGUUAGGAUAUAUUUUGUUCACUUUUGUUGUUUAGUGUAUCAAUUUUGUGUUAGUAUACCCUAAUACUGAUGAAAUUUUUAUGGGAUAUUUUGUUAGCGUUUUUGUUAUCAAGUUCAUUAAAAUUCAGUCCAACCCAAUAAUCAAAUAUGUGUUCUUGUGGUCAACUUUGAACCAGACUUUGGAUUCGGACGUCUUAUAUGUUACCGAAUCAGUGAAAUAAAACUAGGAUUGCUUUAACUUAGGAUCCAAACUCUCCCAUCUCUAUAGAGCUAAAUAAAUUAAGAAUUUGUGGUUUAUCCCAACAGCCACAUUUUAUGUGAAGGUGGGUGCUACUUCCUAAAUAGAGCUGGAGCUUUCAAUGUAACGGUUGAGUUAAAUGACUUAAUGAUUAGUCCACUGUGUCCUGACUAUAAGUAUGACAGAUUCAUCAUAUUUGAUGUUCACAAGUUUCUGUUGAUUAAUGAUUGACUUUAGUUGCGAACCGAAAGGUCAACUGUGAUAAUUUUUUCAGAGGAACAAUUAGUGAGUUAUCUGCUACUUUCCAACUUAUUGGUAUUUGUGGAUUUACUAGUUUGGAGAUAGCUUCCAUGAUACCACCGUCUGUUGGUAAGCUAGCGAAAAACAAAGUAGCAACAGUGUUUUAAUAUCCUGUUUAUGAAGUAUUCAGAGGUUCAGAUAUUGAAUCACGCACUAACAGGAGCUUAUGGGAUUUACAAAUUGUAUUGUGCUUCGUGUUGCCGAUGCCUUGAGUCAAAACUUAAUGGCUGAUCUUUUUCAUAACGCGGUCAAUUUUAGAUAUCUAAUAAACAAAAUCAAAUAUCGUCUAUAAGCAUUUAUCCUCAUUCUGGUCUGAUUUACCGACGAUUGAUAUUUUUGACUUGAAUCUCGGAAACUUCGUGUUGAAACAAGUUACAAAUAAAUUCUAGGUAUUUAUUCAAGUGUAGAAUGUGAAAGAACAAAUGUAAACAUAGUUUUCGCAAUAAAAUGUUUAUUUAAAAUUAACGGCUUUUUUAAUCUUGUUCUCAGGCUCUUUAACUCCACAGACAUAAUAAAGCAAAUUAGCCUUUGAGUUCGUCUUGUAUUCGAUAUUGGUUUGUGUUGAAAUCAAUCAUUCUUUGUGGGAUUUAUUACAUUUUUAGUAGACUUUAUUUGAUUCGUAAUCUUUGUCAAGUAAGGUGUGAAUUUUAUUCAAGUAAACAUAUACUUUUUAUUUAAACUUUGUCUUAAUUGCCAUCAAAUAACGUAAUAACAAGGUGGGAUCAGAAGCAAACGCACUCAUAGAUAAUAAUUCCUCAGAAAAAAGUAGUAGAGGGAAUUUCGACUAGAUAUAUUAAGUAAAAAAGUACUUGUCUAGCCUCUUAGUAAAAUUAUAACGAGUAUCUUUAAUCUAUCUCAGGGAAUUUUCAAUUCGAUUCAUAUGUGUUAUUGUGUACUUUGCAAACCCAGAAAAUGGUGAAAAAGUAAGCCCAUCCAAGUGGUGUGAUUUGUUCGCUCAAUAAAGGUGUACAUUCAUAUGCACCACAACGUUUUAAAUUUUUUUCUGUUCUCGUAAUAAGAUUUAAAUCGAAGUAAUGAUUGUAUAACCUGCAUACCGAGGACAGGUUUAUGUACUGUGCCUUAAGCCACGUUUUUUGUGUGAGGACUAGUGAUACUAUCCGAUUAACCAAACCGAAGUAGGUUCAGUGGAGUUCGAACUUGAAACCUGGAUUUAAGCUAUAUGAUCUAACCAUGAAGUCAUUGCUUCACAUCUAAUCUACGAAGAAAAGUAGAUAUUAGGAAUGUUUGUAUCUGACUGUAGUUGUGUAUUUUUCGAGUUAUUAGCCAUUAUAUAAAUGGACGUGUAAACUUACUAUAGUGUUCUAUCUUUUUCAAUCGCUUAACCAACUGCGUGUUAUUAUCAGUCUUGUUUUCCAGAUUUCAUGGUUAUUAUUAAUUAACUAAUUAUUAUUAGUGGUUACACUCACUACUAAUGGUAAUAACUAGAAGCACGCUUUUGUCUUAGUUUUAUGAAAACUAACUACAUGUUUGGAUUUUUGUUAUGUACUAUUUUUCGGUGUUUUUUUGUGUGUAUGUGGUUAUCACCAGAUGCACACUAUCAUCGUGUUAAUUUCCACUUGUUCACUUAUUUGUGUCAUUAUAGGUGUUGGUUUUUUAUACUAUCCAGUUACUUAAUCUAAUUAAAAUACCGUUAUCGUUAUAUUUUCACUUUUAGUCUUCUAUUAGCCAUUAUAUCAUGCCUCCGAAUACUGAACAAACACCAGGAAAUAUACAUCGAGAUGAUAAGCGUAACAUGGUACAUCCGCUUGUAGAAGAAGUUGAUGGAUUAGAACUCGCUCGUUUGGCUAGACGAUUAUGGGACCAUAAUAAAACCAAAUAUGGUAAAUCUGUUGGUUCUAUUGAAAAGGCUGGAAACAAGUCCUAUUCAAAGUUGACACCUCUCGGACGUCCCACUGUUUUAAGUCUGCGUUCUACUCCACAGACUGCUUUACCAGACAUGGAUAAGUCUUCAGUGUCAAAAGAUAUCCACUUUGAGUCACCCGAUAUGGAUUCAGCCUUUGAUUUAGCAUGGGACCAUGAAGUGGACUUAAAUAUUUCCAAUUGCGAAGUGAGAAGACCAUACAGUAAACAUGUUCUACAAUCUAUUAUUUCACAUGAGUUCGAUGGCGAAGGACACUGUAAUCAAUCUAUGGCUCGCAAUCGGUUUUUCGACUCAAAACAAAAAUCACCAACAACACCAAACGUAUAUGAUCCCCGUCCUAAUCAAACUUCAUCAGUUGCCAUUCUCCCGGUACGAAAUGACAAUUUUCAUCCCAUUACAGACAACCGAUGGGUGUCAAGUGAUAGAUUGCCUGGGAAUGCACGCAGUGGUGUAAAAAAACCUGUACCAUCGCAAACUACUAUACCAUGCUCCAACUUAGUCUUAUCACCUACAUCUAAUUGUAGUAAUGUUGACAUAGAAUACAAUACUGGUAAAGUCACUCCUAGACUUGCAUUUCCAGAUAAUCUAUUUGAUUCUGGGUUUGUUGGUGGCGGUGGCAGUAACAUGAUUAGCAGUUUUUCAGAUUUCGAUGAUGUUGAUGAAAAUGUUAUUGGUAUGGAUGAAGGGAAACCAGUAGACAAUUUGAUCACCGACCUAUCUAUUGAUCAUUCAAGUGAUUUUCUCUGGGAACAUGAGUUAUUCAUUCCACAAAAAUGUUAUAAAGCAAAAGGUGUUCAUUGUCCAACAACUGUAUAAUACUAUUACUACUACUACUACUACUACUACCAACUUUACUUGUAACAACAAUAAUAAUUGCAAUUAUAAUGUUUAUUUUUAAAAUAAAAUUGAAACAAAACAACGAAACUUCACAUGAAUAAAGUAGAAGAGGAUUUCUUAAACUAAAUUGAUUAUUUAUCAUAACUUUAACGUUCAUUCAGAAUAUUUAUUCUUCUUUUCGCUUUGUUUUGAUAUCAAUUUAUUGUUGUUUCUGUCAUUAUAUCGAAUAAUGAAGGUGUGAAAAAUUAAUUCUUACUCUGUAUUGAUUGAUAAAUUUCUCGCUUUUUAAUUUCUUUCUUUGUUUUUCAAACAAAAAAUGUUUCAUCAAACCGGUUAUUUUGUUUUCUUUUGAUUUGCCACCCUAGCCAACAAAUAUAAUCAGUUGUUCUAUCGCUUCUCUCUUUUUCCAUUUCAUUUUGUUAUUGUCGCAUCUUUUUUUCUCAUCUACAUAAAUCCUAUUUACUUACCCUAGUCAAAACUAUUUGCAUUUGAUUGACUUACUUGUGUUUUUGUUUACUUGAAUGCCUUUUCUCGUGUCCACUGAUUGAUCUUAAAAUGAACUUUUAUCAUAAAUUUAAAAAUUACUUUGCUGAUCUGUUUAUGCUGUUCAUUGAUCCUUCACUUUCGUGGUUGAAGGAUUUUGAAUCUGUUCCCCCGCUGUUGAUCUUCAUGAUUCUACAGCGAGCGUUGUGCAUUUCUCCUUUAGCAUUAAAUUCAAUGAAAUUAGGGUAAUUAAUGACCUCUAUAUUUUGGUUUAUUCCUUCUAUUUUGUUGCUUUUUAAUUUAGUCAAUUGAUAUGAACAGAUAUAAAUCACAUAUUUAAUUAUAUUUGUCCUUGCCUCUAUUCAUAAAUAUAUUUCUUAUAAAGCAUUUUCAACGUAUAAUUCCUUCAGUAGGCGAUAAACAAUCGUCGAGCUCAGUCUAACUUAGCUUGUCCGAUUACUUCGACGCAGUUCUGAUGACAAUUAUUUUUAACUUUAAUAGUUUUAGUUAUAAUUAUCAUUGCAACGUUGUAUAAAUACGUUUGUAAUAUUGUAAAAUAUGACAUAGCUACAAACUUCUUAGAAAUGAUAUCUCCAUAUAAAUUUUCUUUCAUGUUUGUUUAUUGUAGUUUCUAAUCUCUGGAAAAUUCCCAUCAUAUUAAAACACAAUUAUAUGAACGAAGAAUAUUCUUUUCAAUAUUUUCUUAUCAAGUUCUAUAAUUAUAUACCCGUUUCGUCCUAGUAUGGGACUCCUCGCGAGAGGCGUACACAGGACCAAUCAGUCUCGCACGCGGGUGCUUAACGUCUAGACCACUUAGUCGGCAUCCGACUGUGUUAAUGUCUAACUUAUUUAUUUUGGAUGCGAAGCUCUACCUUUUUUGAUCCGAAUAGCAAUUUCUUCAGCCAUUUACAGGAUACUCAGUCUGACGGGAUUAGAUAGACUGCUGUUAGCACGAUAUAUUAUUGUGAAAGUGCUCCAUGUUGGUUGUAUGUCCCGUUUGAAUUAAAGCUAAAAUGGGGCUGUUAACAGUUUUAACUACACCUUCGCUUUACCACACUGGGAGGUGCUCACAAGCCCCAAUACACUAAUUUCUAGAACAUCUGCCAAUAUAACUUGCUCCACAGGAACAGUUGAAUUAAUAGAUACAGAAAAAAGUGGCCAGUCUAGGCAAUUUAUUUUCAACCUCGAAGUGAUCAUUGGAUGUGCGGAAAGCAUUAAUUGUUGUUCACAUGCAUUAAAAGUUCUUUGGAUUGAUUUGCAUAACUUUAGUCACAGUAUUUCACUACGUGCAUCGCCUCUGAAUUGCGAGUCUAUAAACAAAGGCAUUCAUUAUGCUCUCUUUUUUUAGCUAUAUGCUUAUCUACAAAUUUCUCCAGAUGUCCAUUUUCUUUCAAGAUCAUGUACAAUCACUUUUGUUUCGUCUUCAGCAGCAUCUAGAGAGCAUAUGGUCUUGAUUCUAUAGUGAAGUGUCUCAAUCAGGUAUAAUAGCUAGUCCAAGUAGUUUUCUUGUUUAUAUUUCAUCUUAGUGACCCAUCGCUUCUCCUUGUAAGUAGAACAUCUAGAAAGGUUGUUCUACUUCAAUUUUCUUCCUCACAUGUGAAAUAUGUCCAGCCGCUGCUUUUACCGUGGCCAACUUCAGGCCCAUCUAGUUAAUUUUAUGAUCUGGUGACGUAAUUAGAUUAAUGCUCAUUUUUACAUCCUAAACUUAUUUUAUCCACACAUCAUUAUUAUUACACUUGCUAAACUUCUUGAGAAAUUUAUUCAGCAUCCAGCCCUAUUUACUGAUUCCUAACCAAUUCGUAUUAUUCAACAUAUUAUGUAAUUCCCGAUUUGUAAUUACAUUAAAAGACUAAUGUUCGAUGGCUGGCGACUGUUCUAAUCGAAGAUGAAACCAAGUUAUUAGAUCGAAUACAUGAAGAUACAUUCUUAUUCAAGUAGUUGAAAACUAUACUUCAUCACUCGGUUAGGAAAUUGAUGUAGUCGAUCAGAAAGUUCAUAUGAUAACAAGAAGUAUUCGAAUUAAUAUACUAACUAGGAGUUCCCGAAAUAGUGCAAUUUAAGGCAGGUAGAAUUGGAUGAAUAUAAAUGAACGUAUUCAUAAUCAGAGGGCAAUCAAGUACCAAGGAAUCAUUAGUUCAUACAAAUACCACAGUUAACCCUCAGUUCAGUUGAAAGCAUAACUGUGAUAUCUAUAUAAGCUGCUGUUUCAGGUAUACAUGUUAACAUGCAUCGAUUAUUUGCUAAAAGAUAGCAGGUGCGAUCUUGAUGUCAAACGGUAGGCGGGUAUAUUGAAAUAACCCUCGAUGAGUGUUGAUAGUCAGAAGCUCUCUACAAUCGUCAUCUACUUACACUUGCAGUUAGGAAAAGUUCAUUUUAACGAAACGUGUUUUACCAUUAAGCUUAGCAAAUAGGUCUUCAGGAACUGGUAACGGAUACUGACCGACUAGUUGAAGAGCAGCAUAUGGUACAGGACGUCUCGGACGAAAAAGGGUUUCUCUUCUGGUUUCACUGGUAAAUGAGUUUUCAUCUUGGCGCAGUGAUCAAGGCUAUUCUGAAAAACAGAAGCAAAUUUUCUCAUCUUUCUUAGCAGCCUUUCACCUGUCUUUUUCGCAAGUACUGGGGUGUGCAAUGAUGAACACGACACGUUGCAGACACUGUUAAUGGGUAUAUCUAUUAUUCCGAGUAUUUCUAGCAUAUCUAGACCAAGAAAAUCAACGUCUAGUCGUUCUGUUAGAUAGCAUAUU